UUCUGCACGUGGGUAUUGAGCAUGCGCAGUGCUGGACUGAGAGGAAACGUGUGAACUGUGGCGGAUGCCCUUUCUAUAGUGGAGUAAAGAACCAGAAAAGAAAAAUGUUAAAGUCAAAGACGUUCAUGAAGAAGACUCGCUCUGGUGGCAUCUUAAAAAUAGUGAGAGAGCAUUACCUGAGGGACGACAUCACCUGCGGGUGCCAUGGAUGCGAUGAGUGCCAGCAGGAAAGCCCGGUGCUGCAGAUGGAGCCAGUCCUGGAGAGUUCUCUGUGUGAACGUCCCCACUACAUACUCCCUGACACCAAUGUGUUGCUGCACCAGAUCGACAUCCUAGAGGACCCUGUCAUCCAGAAUGUGAUAUUACUGCAGACUGUUGUCCAGGAAGUGCGGCGCCGUAGUGCGCCCGUAUACAAGAGAGUACGAGACCUGACUACUAAUCCGGAGAAGUACUUCUAUACCUUCACCAAUGAACACCAUCGAGAAACUUACAUAGAGCAAGAACAGGGGGAAAAUGCGAACGAUCGAAAUGACAGAGCAAUUCGGACUGCAGCAAAAUGGUAUAAUAAACAUCUGAAGAAAUCUGCAAAUCUCAAAAACCUGCAAGUGCUACUAAUAACGAAUGACCGCAGUAACAAAGAAAAAGCAGCGGAGGAAGGGAUUGUAGCUUUAACAUGUGAAGAAUAUAUUAAAAGUUUGACUGCUAAUCCUGAACUUGUCGAUCGCCUCGCUUGUGUGUCUGAUGAGAAGAAUGAUAUUGAAAAUGGAAGAAUUAUUUUUCUAGAACAUCUUCCACUAUCAAAGUUACAACAAGGUAUCAAAUCUGGGAUUUAUCUGCAAGGAACUUUUAGGGCAAGCCGAGAUAACUUUCUGGAGGCCACAGUCUGGGUUCAUGGAGAUUCUGCAGAGAACAAAGAAAUACUCCUGCAAGGAUUGCGGCACAUUAACCGAGCGAUGCAUGAAGAUAUUGUCGCUGUACAACUGUUGGAAAAAGAGAAUUGGGUGGCUCCAUCAUCUGUGGUCUUACAGGAUGAAGGAGAAAGCGAUGACAUUGACUCUGUAGAGGAAAAAGAAAAAAUGCUACAGACUGCUGAAAAGAAAUAUGCAAAACCUUCAGGAAAAGUUGUGGGGAUCAUAAAGAGAAACUGGAGACCGUACUGCGGCAUGUUGGGCAAAUCGCAGAUUAAAGAGUCUACCCGGCAUUUGUUCUUACCAGCUGACCGGCGGAUACCACGCAUACGCAUAGAGACAAGGCAAGCGACUACCUUGGAGGGGCAGAGAAUCAUAGUUGCAAUUGAUGGUUGGCCAAGGAAUUCCAGGUAUCCUAAUGGUCACUUUGUUAAGAACUUGGGAUCAGCUGGUGAUAAGGAAACGGAAACCGAAGUCUUGCUUCUAGAACAUGAUGUUCCUCAUCAGCCAUUCUCCCAGGCUGUUCUCAGCUUCCUUCCUAAAAUGCCGUGGUCCAUAACUCCAGAGGACAUGAAGAACAGAAUUGAUCUGAGGCAUCUCUAUGUGUGUAGUGUGGAUCCCCCUGGCUGUACUGACAUUGAUGAUGCGUUGCACUGUCGAGAGCUUGAAAAUGGCAACCUUGAGGUUGGAGUUCAUAUUGCAGAUGUAAGUCAUUUUAUAAGACCUGGAAAUGCCUUGGACCAGGAAGCUGCAAACAGAGGAACCACCGUAUACCUUUGUGAGAAGAGGAUUGACAUGGUCCCAGAUCUCCUCAGUUCAAACCUAUGUUCUUUAAGAUCAGAGGUGGACCGAUUGGCGUUUUCCUGCAUUUGGGAGCUAAACCAGAAUGCUGAAAUCAUUAGCACAACAUUUACCAAAAGUGUUAUCAACUCAAAAGCUUCCCUUACCUAUGCAGAAGCACAGAUGAGAAUUGAUUCUCCCAACAUGAAUGAUGAGAUUACCAAAAGUCUCCGUCAGCUGAAUAAAUUAGCAAAGAUUUUGAAGAAGCGGAGAAUAGAUAAUGGAGCCUUAACACUUUCUUCUCCUGAGGUUCGAUUUCAUAUGGAUAGUGAAACUCAUGACCCCAUAGACCUCCAGACCAAGGAACUGAAGGACACCAAUUCAAUGGUGGAAGAGUUCAUGUUGCUUGCUAAUAUUUCUGUGGCGCAGAAGAUUUAUGAUGAGUUUCCAGAACAUGCCUUACUGCGUAAGCAUCCAGCCCCGCCACCCGGAAAUUAUGACAUCCUUGUAAAAGCUACGCGCUCCAAGAAUUUAGAGAUUAAAACGGACUCCGCCAAAGCUCUAGCUGACUCUUUAGAUAAAGCAGAAUGCACCGAAUUUCCCUAUUUGAACACAUUAUUGAGAAUCCUAGCAACUAGAUGCAUGAUGCAGGCGGUAUACUUCUGCUCUGGAAUGGACAGCGACUUCCAUCACUAUGGUCUAGCCUCACCCAUUUAUACACAUUUCACUUCACCCAUCAGAAGGUACGCUGAUAUCAUAGUACAUCGGCUUCUCGCUGUAGCAGUGCGUGCAGACUGCACUUAUCCAGAUCUUACAGAUAAACAUAAACAGGCGGAAAUCAGCAAAAAUAUCAACUACAGGCAUAAAAUGGCGCAGUAUUCGCAGAGAGCGUCUGUUGCCUUUCACACUCAGCUCUUUUUCAAAACAAAAGGCAUUGUGAACGAAGAAGGAUAUAUCUUGUUUGUUAGGAAAAAUGCAAUCGUUGUUCUGAUCCCCAAGUUUGGUUUAGAAGGCACAGUCUUCUUUGAAGGAAAAAACCGAGUCAAGUGCCAGCUGCAUUUCAAUGACGAGAUUCCUUCACUAACUGUCGAAAAUAAAACUUUCCAUAUGUUUGACAAAGUAAAAGUUAAAAUUAGUCUGGAUGCAUCCAACAUCCAGCACCAGAAAAUCUGCAUGGAUCUAGUAGAGCCGGAGAUUCCAGGUAUUACCUCAACUGAGAAUGACCAAAGGCAAACGAAUGGUGAACCAAUAUCCAAGAGGAGUAAGAUCAGAAAAUAGGACUACUUCAGAGGAAGCACAAUAUUUUACAGGACAUUUUAAGUCAUUUUAUUCUUAUUUUUUUUAGCUAUUUCAACAGGUCAUUGAUCUUUAUCUUCAACCGUAUUGUUCUUUUGCAUCGACUACCUUUAAUGUGAACUCUGUAUUUUUAGAUAAAAUGUAGUUUCAGCUGUAAACGUUUUGUAUUGGAUCAUGAUGUGUAUUUUGUAAAAAUCUCCACCUCUUCUUCCGUCUACAUUUUAUCUCAAACAAUUAUUCUGCUUUCUACAAAAAAAGAAACUUUGUUACCAGGUUGAGCUCAGUAUGAAUGGAUGCAAAGAUUUAAAGGGCAUAAAUUCCAGGUCGAUUAGUGGUCUUCAUGCCUCCUGCUUUAUUAUAACAGGAAGAUGCUGGUUAUUUGCUGUUUGUUGCUCGCAGGCUAUAUCGUGUUCAAGGGCGGACUGGGAAUUUAAAGUAGCCCUGGAAAAAGAAAUACCGUAAGUGUCCCAUGUUGUAGGCAGGCCGAGCACACAUGGAGGGGCAGUGUAUAUUGUGCUACACCUUGGUAUAUGGUUCUGCAACAGAACCAAAUAUUAACGUGAAACACAAUAUAUACUGCCCCAGCACAACCAAAUACCAUAGUGCAGCACAAUAUACCACCCCAGCACAACCAAAUACCAUAGUGCAGCACAAUAUACCGCCCCA